AUGACACCUGAUUCACUAUCAUGUUUACGAUUUCGAUUUAUUGGCGAGUGCAAUCUAGACGUACGAGUUGUUUUGUUGGAAGAAGCAACGCCACCUAUGAAGAUUGAGACGGGACAUCAAGACACCGUUCAUGAUGUGACCAUGGAUUACUACGGCAAGCGUCUCGCUACGGCAUGUUCUGACAACACCAUCAAGAUAAUUGGGGUUUGCAAUUCAGCUUCUCAGCAUCUUGCUACUUUGAGUGGUCAUCAAGGCCCCGUUUGGCAGGUUGCCUGGGCUCACCCUAAGUUCGGCUCCAUCCUUGCAUCUUGUUCCUACGACGGACUAGUGAUAAUUUGGAAGGAAGGAAACCAGAACGAGUGGAGUCAAGCUCAUGUUUUUAGUGAUGAUCAUAAGUCCUCUAUGGAUUCCAUUGCAUGGGCUCCUCAUGAACUUGGCCUCUAUUUGGCUUGUGGAUCAUCAGAUGGAAACAUCUCCGUCUUUACCGCCCGUGCUGAUGGUGGAUGGGACACUGCAAGGAUCGACCAAGCUCAUGCAGUUGGUGUAACUUUAGUUUCAUGGGACCCAUCAACAUCUCCUGGAGUUUUUGUUGGGUCCGGGAUGCUCCAGCCUGUUCAAAAGCUCGUCUCUAGUGGGUGUGAUAAUACUAUGAAGGUGUGGAAGCUGCAGAGUGGAAGUUGGAAGUUGGAUUGCUUUCCUGCUCUUCAGAUGCACACUGAUUGGGUGCGGGAUGUGGCUUGGGCACCCAACUUAGGGCUCCCCAAGUCGACCAUAGCCAAUGCUUCACAAGAUGGGACGGUUAUUAUAUGGACCUUGACCAGAGAUGGUGAAAAGAAAUGGGAGGGUAAGAUAAUGAAAGAUUUUAAGAACCCAGUUUGGAGAGUCUCAUGGUCAUUGACUGGAAGCAUAUUGGCUGCGGCUGAUGGGAACAACAAUGUUACAUUGUGGAAAGAAGCAGAAAAUGGAGAAUGGCAACAGGUGACAGCAGUAGAGCCAUAG